GCGCGCUUUUUUAUCUGCGUCAGAAUGCCAAAGCCUGCGGAAGCACAUCACAUACCUGUGUCAGUACGCACAAAUUGAAUCGCACUCCGCAAAGAUCCGUGCAGGAAAGCUUUUUGAAGAUGUCCUAUCUCUUUGCCGCUUUUAUUUCGUGUUUUCUGGCACCGUUCGUAACAGCUGACAAUCCACAUUACGUCAUGCAGUUAGCGCUUUGGGUAAGCGAUGUGGGUUAAUGCUGGCAAAAAUUGUACACCAUAUUCUUUAGUUCCAAAGUUUUGCUCGACCAAUGACACAGUGUGUAAACAAGCUGGCAUAAGAGUACAAUGUGUAGUCAAUUCAGACUGCACAAAAGAAGUUGCCGAGGGCAAAGCUGAUUUAACGCAUGCAUCUGCAAAAAGUAUGAUCAAGUAUGAAGAUAAUUUAAAGAUUGUCUUUGGUCAGAAACUAAAAGGUGUUCCAAUGAAAAACGUGCAAUAUUACGGUAUAGCUGUCGUGAAAAGAAAUUCGACUUUCGACAUCAAUCAAUUAAAGGGAAGAGGUUCGUGUCACACCGGCCCUGGACGCAAUGCUGGAUGGAUAAUUCCUGUUGGAUAUCUUCUUUUCAAGGAGAAAAUGCCAUUUGUGCAAAAUCAAUACAAGUCGGCCGCGGAGUUCUUUGGAAAGAGUUGCCUGCCAGGUAUUAAAACAGUUGAAAAUGUAAGUGAGGCCGUUGAAGACCAACUAUGCAGCUUGUGUAAUGGAUCUUGCGAGGCAAAGGGAGAUUCAGCCUUCGUCGAAGCACUCGAAUUAAUGGCGAGUGGAAAGGAUGAUCGAGUUGCUUUCGUGAAGCAGAGCUCGCCUCAAGCGUUCUUCAAGAAGCAUCCUAAAUCAUAUGGAACCGAGAGCGACUACAAACUCUUGUGUUACAAUGGAGGGACAAAAGAUCUCAGUGAAUACGAAGACUGUUACAUUGGGACCAAGCCCGCUAGUGCUUUGGUUACAAGUAAAAAUAAAUUCGAUGAAACGGUUAAGAAAUAUCAAGAGUUGUUCGAGAGUGCCAAGCUUGAUGAUCUGAAAAAAGCUGACAUGAUCAGGGGUGAUUGUGAAAGUCUUAUAAAGUACUCAGGCACCGUCGUGGACUAUUUAAAACCAUAUGCCGACUAUUACAAAGCUGUUAGUGUUGGAAAGAAAAAUGGAGGCUCUGCGUCUUCAAAUCUUGUUUCUCUUAAUUUACACAUUUUCGUUAUUAUCACACUCGCAAUGUUUAUUUAAAUCAGCCGGUAAUAGACCUAAUUUUGUACUCUUAAGUCCUUCAAGCACUAAUUUGUUUCAGUAUUAAU